GGCCAGGCAGAGAGGGAGAUGAGGAUCUUGAAGAGCCAGAGCCAGCCUGCGCAGCACGGAGCAUCCCGCAGCCCGCACAGCCCGAACAGAAGCGCCAUGAGUCCGCUCAGCACCGCCAGCAUCACCGUGGCAGCGCUGCUCAUCCUCACCACACCUCCCUGUCAAAAUGCUCCCAUAGAUCUCCAGCAGGCCACAACACAUCGACCCCUCAGCCAGAUAGAAGCUGCAUGCUCAUCCUACCUCACUGCAGAAAUGCAGUUUUGGGCAGCUGAUAUCGUACAAGAACUUUGUGGCAUGAUGCUGGUUCAGAAGUCAAAGGAAAUGAAAGUGCGAGAAAAUAGUAAAAGGACCACUCAGUUGCAUCCUCUUCUGAAUCUCGCAUCUCAGCUCCAUACCAGAAGAGAGAGAGGACUCUCCAUGGACGCUGAACUACAGGGACCCGGGGGAAUCCAGAGCAGAGGCUUUUUCCUUUAUCGGCCACGAAAUGGGAGACGAUUCUUAGAAUAUGAAUAAUCAAAGGCUCCACCCGUGAAUCAAAGUGUACAGAGAAGACAGACCCCGAGACCCGAGCUGCUGCACCACGGCCCAGUGAUCCAGACUCCAACCACUGUCCUCUGCCACUAUUGUACAGUGAUGUUGGAAUGUACACAAAGAAUAACCAUUAAAAUA